AUGUCCGAUUCUGUCUUGGCGUCAACGUUAACACUUGAUGCAAGUCGGAACGCCAUACUUGAAUUGCUCACAAUGCUGAAUGAGUACUAUCAGAAACUUGGUGCCGACCGAAAUCUGUCAAAAAAUGAACAAAAUUAUCUAUCAUCAAUACAAGAAGUCUUCCUUACCGCUGCCAAUAGGAGCAUACUCAAUAUUGGUGCUCCAUUAAUUCAAACCUUAGAGUAUUUUCAAACUUUUGGACAGCCGCCAUUUCGUGAAGUCUUCGAGUUGGCUAUUACAUAUUAUCAAAAUAUUAUCGAAAGUUAUGAUUUAUCACCGAACUCAUCAGCACUUGUUGAUUUACAUCGUCGUACUGGCUAG